AUGGCCAACCCCUCCAUGGCGGCCGGCGGCGGGGUGCCGUGGGCGGAGGGGGCCCGCGCCGUCGGGGCCCAGAUCCGCAACCGCCUCCGCGUGGCGCCCGUCGACCGCCGCUGGCUCUGGCGCCGCCCCGAGGGCCGCGCCGCAUCCGAGGCCGUGCGCCAGUGGUCCGACCGCCUCCGCGCCAUCCUGCACCGGGACAAACAGAAUCAGGGGCCCGACCAGCAGCAGCAACAGCAGCGCCCCGCGACCCCCGACGCCGCCGCCGCCGCCGCGAGGCCCUCGUCCAGCGCCCUGAGGUUCUACAGGAAGAAAGUGGGCAAAGAAGUUAACGGGGUUGAAGACUCCGUGAUUUUCCGCUCGCUCCAGGCGCUGGCUGUUCCUCUCAUUGGAAAUGCUUGCCAUGUUUUUAUGCACGGCCUUAACUCUGUCCAGAUUUAUGGUGCAGAGAAACUUCAGCAGGCGUUACAAGAGAGGCCUAAAGACAAACCUCUUCUAACGGUCAGCAAUCACGUGGCUGCUAUGGAUGACCCUUUUGUAAUUGCCUCCCUUCUGCCACCAUCUGUUAUGUUGGAAGCACAAAAGCUGAGAUGGACACUAUGUGCGACUGAUCGUUGCUUUACAAAUCCAGUUCUGUCCACGUUCUUCAGGUCUGUUAAAGUGUUGCCUGUUAACCGUGGUGAAGGCAUCUACCAAAAGGGAAUGGAUAUGGCGCUCUCAAAGCUUAAUAAUGGCGGAUGGGUUCACAUAUUUCCUGAAGGAAGUCGUUCAAGGGACGGAGGGAAAACCAUUGCUCCUGCUAAGAGAGGUGUUGGAAGAUUGAUUAUGGAUGCUGACAGCCUACCGGUUGUUGUCCCCUUUGUCCAUACUGGGAUGCAGGACAUAAUGCCUGUUGGGAAACGUAUCCCAAGAACAGGCCAAAGGGUGAUAGUGGUUGUUGGUGACCCAAUCAACUUUGACGACCUGAUGGCUGAGAACAGUAACGACUCCCAACAUAUUUCUAGAGGUGACCUGUAUGACAAAGUAACCGAAAGGAUUGGGCAGCGGCUGCAGCAACUCAAGGUGGAGGUCGACAGAUUGGCGGCAGAGCAGAAGGCCGAGCUCCAAAACCGUCACACAGACAACACAGUCAACGACGGGUACAAGGUGUGGCAGCAGGUUGACUGGGAAUCGUUCGGCAUAGGGAACAUGCUGUCGUCAGCCGAACAUUCGUCGGCCCAAGAGCCGCCAAAGCAGAUCCAGCACGAAGUGCUCCUGGCGGAACAAAGCGUUUCUCCAGCAAAGCAGGCAGAGCCCGAGCCGCGCCUCGAGGAGGAGCAGAGCGUUUUUUCUCCAAUCUCUCGCGUUCCGCACUGGUUCAGCCGCCACAUGGACGCCUCCGAGCUCAUGGGGUUCGCCGCGCGCGGCCUGGUCCGGAACGGCAGGUCCAUGCAGGAGGGGUACCGGCAGUUCCAGGAGCCGUCGGCGUUCAACGCCUGGUGGGAGGCCCAGACGAGCAGCGCGAUGAUGCCCAGGUGGAGCACCGCUUGA